CAUACCUAAUUCACUCUCUCUCUCCCUCUCUCUAAUCUUUCGUUCUCAGCGAGUGGCCGGCGCGAGUACAGAUCCUCCUCCGCCUUCUCAUUUCUCUACUCGCAGUUGCAAGAUGUAUACUGCCGCGCAAAAGAUCCACAAGGACAAGGAUGCUGAGCCCACCGAGUUCGAGGAGAAUGUCGCUCAGGCCUUGUUCGAUUUGGAGAACACCAACCAAGAAAUCAAGAGCGACUUGAAGGACCUGUACAUCAACUCUGCUUUGCAGAUUGAUGUUUCCGGGAGCAAGAAAGCUGUUGUGAUCCACGUUCCAUACCGACUGAGGAAAUCUUUCCGCAAGAUUCACUCCAGGCUCGUAAGAGAGCUUGAGAAGAAGUUCAGUGGAAAGGAAGUUGUUGUGAUCGCCACAAGAAGGAUUGUGAACCCACCGAAGAAGGGUUCCGCUGUUCAGAGGCCGAGAUCCCGCACACUAACUGCUGUGCACGAUGCUAUGCUCGAGGAUAUUGUGUAUCCCGCUGAGAUUGUUGGAAAACGUAUCAGAUACAGACUCGAUGGAACCAAGAUUAUGAAGAUCUUCUUGGAUCCCAAGGCGAAGAACGACACUGAGAACAAGCUUGAGACGUUCUCUGGAGUCUACAGGAAGCUUUCCGGGAAAGACGUUGUCUUUGAAUUCCCAAUAACCGAGGCCUGAAAAACCGAAUGUUUUGUGAUUUCUUCUUUUGCUUUAAUUGAAAUAUGAUAUACAUUUUUAGUUUGGGCUAUUUUGAAGUUUUGAUCAAGAGAAUUCGGAUAUCUUUUUAAGGGACUUGUUCUCCGUUUUUGCUACAACUGUUGAAUCUUUUAUGGCUUAGUUUAAUGUGUUCCUUAUUGUGUCGAAAUUCAGUUAUUUGUGUUAUUGUUUACUUGUGUCUUUGAAUUAUUACAGUGGAUAAUGGUUGGAUGAGGA